AUGAAUCCAAGAGCCUUUAGGCCGAAUAAAAAACCAACUGCUGUUUUCAGACCUUGGAAUGCAGCAACUUUGGGAGUUUGCCAAGAUCCACAUGCUUUGACCUUGGAUGAGAAAAAACCAUUUGUCAAUAAUAGAUAUGCGAAAUAUAAUCUUGUUAAUGAUAAUAAUGAUGAUGGUUGGGGCAGUGGUGGUAGUACUACAGUUGAAAUUGACCAAAAUAAAAAUGAUGAUGAUUAUUGGAGUGUUAAGGCUGAAAUUACUGCUACUAACCAGAAUAACGAUGAUUGGAAUGUGAAGAAUAAUGAAGAGAGCAAUGGAGGCUGGAAUGUAAAUAAUAGUGAGGAAAAUAUUGAAAAGAAUGAAGGUUGGAAUAUGAAGAACAAUGAAGAGAAUGGUCAAGAUUGGAAUAGUAUAAUUGAAAACGCUAGUGAAAAAAAUGAAAGUUCAAGUGAAAAUACUAAUGAGAAGCGUGAAUGUUGGAAUGAAAAUAGUGAUGGGAGGAAUGAAUGUUGGAAUGGAAAUAAUAAUGGGAAGGGUGAAGAAGGUUCGAAUAACACGGUUGAAAACACUAAUUGGAGUGACAAUCAAAAAUAUGUAGAAGGUUAUAAUAGUACCGUUGAAGCUGCUAAUUUUAAUAAUAACGAUGACUACUGGGGAAGUGAAGAAAAUCAGUUAGAAAACAGCGAAAAUAAUAAUAGUAUUAGUGAGAAGAAUAAUGAAGAUGAUUAUUGGGGAAGUGAAGUACAAGAUAAUCAAGAUAAUAAUAGUGAUAAUGUUGGUUAUUGGAAUGGUACAAGUGAAAACGAGAUUAGUAAAGAAAAUAAUAAUGAUAAUUGGAAUGUUGGGAGAAAUAAGGAAGAUACAGUUUCAAUCCCUAUUCCAAUUACUACCAUUUCAGCUACAACUUCAUCAAAACAAGAAUGUCCUAAUGUUAAUAAUGAUUUUGAUCGAUCACUAAUCAAAAAAUUAAAUGCCAUAUCAACAACUGAUCAGAAACAUAAUGAUGGAAAAGAAUCCAAUAGUCAUAAUUUUAAUCAAAAGAUUAUAACCAAUAUUAAUAAUAUUAUUUCCAAUAAUAGUUCUCAGAAAGUUCGAGCUAUUGAUACCACCAGUAGUACAAAUGUAUUAUCAUUAUCACCUAAACAAUCAGAACAAAAAUUGCUUGAUCUUAGUGACGAUGAAGACAAUAAUUCACCAGCUGUAAACAAUAAUAAUAAGAAGGAAACAACUAUUGACACAGCUGCUGCAAAAAAAAGGAGAUCGGCGGAUUUUAAGAUAAUCGAUGUGGAGGGUUUCUUAAAACAAGACUUAGAAGAAGAAUUAAAAAAGAUGAUGGUUGAUUUAAUGAGUCAAAAUUCCACUUCUUCUACCAAUGGGAUUAAUUGA